AUGAGCUCGAAAGUCCAGCCGCCUGCCGCCGCCCCAGCUGCCGCCGCCGGCGCCGGCGGGACUCGGUGGUGGAAUUCGUCGUUGAUGUUCAUUGGUGGCGGCGUGGCCCUCAUGCUAGGGGUGAUUCCCAUAGCUAUAGUGGUGAUUGUGGCCCACGCGUUUACGAAGACUUCGGAACAGGUCUCGAGUGAUGGAAAGUCGCGUGAGGCCUCACGUGCUUUUGGGUUUGAAAUGGAGCCCCGAGUAGUUGUUAUCAUGCCGGGUCAGAUCGGCCCGACCCACAUAGCGAAGCAGGCUGUUCGAAGGAGUGAGGAUGUUUGA